CACUACUCUAAGAAAAAUACAUCAUGGAUAAAUAUGAACUCAUUAAACAAAUUGGAGAAGGAUCUUUUGGCAAAAUAUUCUUGGCAAAAGGAAAAAUGGAUGAUGAGCCAUGUGUUAUCAAAGAGAUCAAUUUAACUAAGAUGCCUGUGAAAGAAAAAGAAGCCUCUGAGAAAGAAGUCAUCCUGCUGGCCAAGAUGAAGCAUGCAAAUAUUGUAACUUUCUAUGCUUCUUUGCAAGAAGAGAACAAGCUGUAUAUUGUGAUGGAAUACUGUGAUGGUGGAGAUUUAAUGAAGAGGAUAAAUAUGCAGCAUGGAGUGCUGUUUGAUGAGGACCAGAUUCUCAGUUGGUUUGUGCAGAUCUCCUUGGGCUUGAAGCAUAUUCAUGACAAGAAGAUUUUGCACAGAGAUGUAAAAGCACAGAACAUUUUUCUUAGCAAUAAUGGAAGGAUAGCAAAGCUUGGGGACUUUGGCAUAGCAAGACAGUUGAACAGUACUACAGAGUUUGCCCAUACCUGUGUAGGGACCCCCUAUUACCUUUCACCUGAGAUAUGUGAAAAUCGACCGUACAACAACAAAACAGAUAUUUGGUCUCUUGGCUGUGUGCUUUAUGAGCUUUGUGCACUAAAGCAUCCUUUUCAAGGCAAUAGUUUGCAUGAGCUGGUGCUGAAGAUCUGCAGAGGGCGUUUUCAACCAGUGUCUCCCAACUAUUCCUACGACCUGAGGAUAUUGAUUUCCCAGUUGUUUAAAAUAUCUCCCAGAGAUCGACCAUCCAUCAAUUCUAUUCUAAGGAAGCCCUUCUUGCAGAGACUUGUUCUCAGGCACCUGCCUCCUGAGGUAGCAUGGGAAGAGCUCAGUCACACUGUGAUACAUAGAAAAAGGCCUUCAGCAUCUCACUCUAGAGCCAAGCAGAUACAAGCACAUAAACUUCAGAAAACAAGAGUCCAGGACCCAGUUUCUCUAGAAUCUGGAAUAGUGUUGCCUUUCAAGAAACAAGAAUUAUUUCAAAGAAAUGAAUGGAAGCCUCCUUCAAGAGUGCAACAGCCUAUUAUUCAGCCACAGUCCUCCAGAUUUAAUAUGGCAGAAAAGCCAGGAAGCAUUAGAGUACAUGGUCAUUAUGGUCACUACUAUGAGAAGCUUGACAGCUUGGAAAGGAAAGCUAAUGCACAUUAUGACCUUUCUCAUAUCAGCCAAAGAGUUGAAGAUUACUAUGGACUAAAAGGACGAGUUGCACCUCCACCACCUGACUGGACUGCAGAAUUUCUUCAAAGGCGGUUUGAAGCCCAGCAGUACAAGAUUAAAGUGGAAAAACAGAUGGGACUGCGACCAUCCUCUGCUGACCCGUAUCAUGACCAAAUACAGCAGCAGAAAACAAAGGGAGAGCAUCUCAAAAACCAUCAGCAAAACAUGUCUAGAAAGAAUGAAAUGAAAGAACAGGAGUAUUUGAAACAAUUGCAGAAAAUUCGAGAAGAAUACCACAGUGAUAUAAAAGAAUUCAGAGUUAGAGCAGGAGUACUCCAGGAGAACCAGAAAAUACAAGAUAAAACCUAUCUUGUGAGGCAAGGAAAGGCUGAGCACCAGUCUGAAAGCAAAGAUAUAUCUGGAACAGGAGAAGAGUCACUUCAGGAUAUGGAGGAAAACUUUAAACAAGUCAGACUCCAGGAUAGGCAAGACCAAAUAAUAUUAGAAAAGAGACAUAACACAAAAGGAGGAGUAAAAUUUGAAAUUAAUUUAGAUGUAUGUUUUCCUGAGGAAGACAGCAUUCAAGAAGCAGAGGUACUAGAUAAACUCAAUGAGACUUUAACUUUUGUGGAUGCUGAGAAUCUUAAGGAGAAAUUGGUGGAAGUUUAUGAAAAUGAUACAGACAGAGCUUUGGAAAAACUGUCUGAUUGUCCAACAGAGUCCAUACAUGAUAUGAAAAAACCCAGAAAACAUUGGCAACCUGGAGCCCCUCAGACACUACUGAAUUUUUUAGCUGGUGCCGAUGUCACAUCUGCAUGUCCUACUAUGGCUGGAAAUGAACUCGCUCACCAUGUUAUUCUGCCUGAAGACAUCCCAGAAAACAGGAAGCAGUGGAAACAGACACCACCAGAGACACUCCUGAGCAUCUUAGCAAAAGCAGAGCUAUCUGAUGAUUCUUUUAUCUGUUUUGAGGAAGACCAAGAAGGGAGAUUAACUCUGUUGCCUCCAGAAGAAAACAAGGAAGAUGAUUCAGAAACAUACUCUGCUGUUGAUGUUGAUGAAGGUAGACUUGAGCCAAGAUCAGAUGGUGAAGACACAAAUUUUGAAGAUUCUGAAGAUGAACUCAGACACGAGCUGGAGGAAUCUCUGGAAAAAUUGUCAACUUCUCCAGCAGAAGAGUCUCACAUCUUUUCAAUAAAUAAAGGUGAAACAGAUGAAGAGAAGAUGAGUUUACCUGACAAACUUGGAAAAUCUGAUGAUGAUUUAGAAAGUAAUCAUGGGUAAUUAGAUGUUGAAUCACAUGAAAAAGAAGGUUGUCAUUCUUUUUCUUUAAAGGAAAAACAAAGCAGGGUACUUUUCAGAUGUCUGCACAUUGAAAAAUCCUCCUCCACACUGAAAUGCUGUUUCAUCUAUUAUUCCUAACUGGACAUUAUUCUUAACCUGGACAUACCUGACAAGUCUUGCUUGAGCGUAUUUCUGAUUGUGUCCUCUGUUGAAAAACUUUUGUAUCAUGUAAGAGAGUCUCCUAGUUUGUGUAUUUUAUUGCCCUAGAUAAAUCAACUCCUUGUUUUAAGUAUCUCUUCCAGCUUUUCAUAAUCAAUGUGUACUGCCAGUACAGCUUUGUAAUCUACAGUUUCAUUACACAGUACUGACCCUAUGUAGUAACAGCAGCUGCUCAGGAGUUUUAUAUAGCAGCAGUAAAAGGGUUUAUUAGUGCCAUGAGAAUUGUGCAUUCCCCAGUUCCUAAUAAAACUUGUAGGUAUGUAGGUUCUUCCAACCGUAUUUUUCCACAUAAAAAAUUUCAUGCAACCCAACUGAAUCUUAAAUAAAGGGAAAACUACAGUCUGUA